CAAUGGGGCCGCAGUAGCACUAGUGUGUCGUGUGGGCUUGUGUUAUGGCCGCCAAAACGAAGCUGUGGUAGCCUGGUCUCCCGAGCCUGUAGCCUCCUCAUCCCCGGGUGUCAGGUGUGAAGGGAAAGUGUGACUAAAGGCAACAGAUCUGCAGGGAGGAGGAGGAUAAUUGAUUUCUGGAAUUGUGUUGCAAGGUGAUGAAUAUCCAUGAUGUAAGAGUAACCAAAGCCAUUAGAAUGAGACAAAAGGCUGUCAGAUCCCAUUCCCCUUGACAUUCUUAGCAGUAAAGAUCUUGCUUCAGGAAGAAUUUAUCAUGGCUGAUAGUCUAACAGAUAAAAUGGAAGUUGAUCUUUGUGGAGGAAUGUCUGAAGAGAACCACAGUAAAUCAAAGAUCAUUGUCAGUGACAUAGAGGAGGAUGUUGCAAGUAAGAAAGUUGAUGAAAAAAUAGGUUUGGAAGCAGACAGCUUUCAGAGCUAUAUAAAGGAUUCCUUAACACUGAAUGACGACAGUGCUGCAAAAGUAAGAACUGCUGAAGUAGUGAAUUGUGUGGAAAAAAUAAAUAGUGCUGCAGAAGAAGAGGCUUCUUCAGAAGUGAAUAAUCCUAAACAAGUAAAUAAUGAUGAAGCUAUGAUUUCUGAAGAAAUAAAUUUUGAUGAAGUAAGUGCUCUUGAUGAAAUAAGUACUACUGAAGCAGUAAAUACUGUCAAAGGAAUAAAUACUGCUGAAGAAAUAAAUACUGCCAAAGAAGUAAGUACUGCCGAAGAAGUAAAUACUGCCGAAAAAGUGAAUACUGCUGAAGAAGUAAAUACUGCUGAAGAAGUAAAUACUGCUGAAGAAGUAAAUACUGCUGAAGAAGUAAAUACUGCUGAAGAAGUAAAUACUGCUGAAGAAGUAAAUACUGCUGAAGAAGUAAAUACUGCUGAAGAAGGAAAUUCUGCGGAAGUAAAUACUGCUGAAGAAGUAAAUUCUUCUGAAGAAGUAAAUGCUGCCGAAGAAGUAAAUACUCCCGAAGAAGUAAAAACUGUUGAAGUAGUAAAUACUGCUGAAGUAAAUACUACUGAAGUUGCUACAGCAGAAGAAGCGAGUACCAAUAAAGAAGUAAACAUUGCUGAAGAAGUGAAUGCUACAGUAGUAGUAAAUACUGCUGAAAAAAUUGAUGCUACUGAAGAAGAAAAUACUGCUGAAGUAGAAGAUAUUACUGAAGAGGUAGAUACUGAAGAAGUAGAUACUGAAGAAGUAGAUACUGAAGAAGUAGAUACUGAAGAAGUAGAUACUACUAAAGUAAAUACUACUGAAGAGGUAGGUACUGUUGAAGUAGAUACUACCAAAAUAAAUACUACUAAAGUAAAUACUGCUGAAGAAGUAGAUACUACUGAAGUAAAUACUGCUGAAGCACUAGAUACUACUGAAGCAAUAAGUACUGCUGAAGCACUAGAUACUACUAAAGAUGCAAAUACUGCUGAAGCAGUAGAUACUACUAAAAAUGUAAAUACUGCUGAAGCCAUAGAUACUACUGAAGACAUAAGUACUGCUGAAGCAGUAGGCACUACUGAAGAAGUAAAUACUGCUAAAGUAGACAGUUCUGCAGAAUUAACUACUGCUGAAAUAAAUAAUUCAGCAGAACUAAAUACUGCUGAAGUAGAUAGUUCUUCAGAAUUAAAUACUGCUGAAGUAGAUAAUCCUGCAGAGUCAAAUACUGCUGAAGCAGAUAGUUCUGCAAAUUUUGAUGCUGCUGAAGAAGUUAAUAUUAUUACUGAUGCUAAUACUGGGGACAAAGAAGAUUCAAGUAAUACAAUGGAUCCCCUGAGUGAAAAUGAUAAUCCACCAUUGCCAGAUGAUGAAAAUAAUGAUUCUGAUAAGGACAGUGAAAUUAAGGAAUUGAAUCAAAGUGAUAGCUCAACCAGUUCAGGCAGUGUUGCAGAGAGGUAUCAGGAAGUUGAUGAUGACAGCAAGUCAUCAGAUUCUGCUGUGGACACUGCUGUGUGUCCGCUCGAGAAGCGGCAGUCUGGACAUACUGAAAGCACUGAUGUGUUGGAAAAAGAAGGCACUGUUAAUGUUAUUAGCUGCUCUUCAGAAAGUACCUCUGGUACCAGUGCAUCCGAGAAGGACAAAGUUGACGAUGAAUGUGAUAUAAUGGAGGUAGAUAAGCAAGAUGAAAGUGUGAGUAGUUGCAGAGGUAAAAAUGGUAAUGCUAAAAGAAAAAAACCUGAUGUUGAAGAGGACAUUGUAGAAGUUCCAGUGUUCAAAAAGCCAGCAGUGGUUGUAGAUUUAGCUAAUGAUGAUGAUACUGAUAAUAAACAGGAUGAAGCUAAUGAUAAAUGUAAUGAAGAGUCUAGUGCAGAUGGAAAUAGCAAAAGAAUUAAACUUAGGUCUUUGGCUUCUUUAGUCGAUACUUCUAAUGACCCAUCACAUGUCUCUGCGUCAUACUCAGAUGCUCCAGCAAUUGGAGAGAUAGUUGAACAUGGUGUUAUAAUAGGAUCAGAUGAAAUGGGAGGGUUACAGUUGCGAAUCUCAAAUGUUGUAGGAGGAGAAGACUGUAUAACUGGCCUAACGAUGGAUGAAGACCGGGACUCAUUUUCCAACAUCCAGAUAUCAUCAGUAACGACACUUAUGGAUCCCAUGAGUCCAGAAGAUCCCAAUCAAAGCAAAGAUGAAAACAGUACCAAACCUGUAGAUAAUGAAAGUGCUGAAAAAGGAAGCUCUAGUAAUACAGAAGCAUCGGUGGAGACUGAAGCCAGCAGUGCCGACAAGCCUAACAAUUCCACUGUUGAUUCCCAAAAGGAGACGACAGAAGAAUCAGCCACAGGAGGAAUCCAGAUUAUUAACGCUGAAAGUCUUGCAUCAAAAGAUGGUAGUGGGAAAGAUGCAGAAAAAUCUUCUAAAUCAACAACCCCAGUAAUUCGUCUAAGCAGUGCUGUUUCGGAAAUUGCUAAAGACACUGGGGCCACUGAUGAAGCAGCAACAACACCGAAACAUGUGUUUCACAUAUUGCGAAGUAUUCUAACUGUAAAUAGGGAUUGUAUUUUCUGCACAAAGAGUGUGCAGUGUGAAUUUCGUAUUGCUAAGAAGAAUGUAAGCGGAUCUUGGGCAUACCUCUGUAGCACAGAAUGUCGAACACAGUGGACCUCAUCCCUUCCAACCGAUCAUGUGGUAGAGAAACCUCGCCUAAUAUUUGAAAAGAUGUGUGGAAUGUGUGGGAAAGACUUGGCAAACAUUUCUCGUAGUGGGCAGUACUCGUGGGAAACCAGGGAGUUUUGCACAAAAUCAUGUUUGACUCAGCAUCUCAACGAAGUAGCUGGAGAAUGUCACACGUGCGAGGAAAAAGUGAGAGCCAUGUUUAUUGGGAAGUACUGUGUACGGUUCGGCUCAGAUAUUCAUCAGUUCUGCUCCAAUACAUGCUUGGAGAGAUAUAAAACGAAGAUCAAAGUUUGUUGUUACUGCCAAAAAAAUCUUGAAAAAGUACAAAAAGUGUCUUCAGUGGCAAAUAAAGAAUACUGCAGUAUGAAAUGUCUUAAACGUGCACAAAGAAGGGACAUUGGUCAGCAAAAUUAUAACGAACGGCAUCCGUGUACUGUUUGUCAAGCAUCUGGAUUGAAUCGAUAUGAGUUUAUAUCAAGCCAAGAGCCCUAUCAACUAUGCUCUGACCCCUGUCUCAAUGUUUACAAAUAUGUCAACAAGGUGAAAGCUGUUGCCUGUUGCUUAUGCUUCCGGGUAUUGAAUGCUGAGGAUGUCUCUCAUUAUCUUUAUCAUGGUGGGCAUCAACUAAGAGUCUUCUGUUCGGAUUCCUGCGUUAACGUUUUUAUCCUCUCAGCCCGAAAAAUUGUUGUUUGUGAUACUUGUAAGGUAAAAAAAUAUAACUUUGAUAUGAUUCAUCGGCAAGUGGACGAAGAUUUUAGAGAUUAUUUCUACUGUUCAAUAAAUUGCCUCAACACCAAUGAUCAAAGUUCAGGCAAAAAAAAUAGCAAUAGCAGUGAUGUUUCAUCAACAACAGCAAGCAGCACAACAGCAUCAUCCGAGAUCAGUGAAGCACCUGUUGCACCUUGCAAUAUGUGCAGUGCCAUUGCUAAAGCCCAGUAUCACAUGGUCAUGUCAGACAACACACUACGUAGCUUCUGCCGUUAUGCCUGUGCUACCAAGUACAAAAACACUUAUGGAUUCCAAGUGAAUGGUAUGCAGACAACAGAUUCAUCUCAAACUGCUAAUUCAUUAGCAUCUAUUAGAACCAAACCUACAGCUCAGAUAACAAACAAUGUGCAACAGGGCUCGGAGCCUGUUUUACAAGUAAAGAAAAAUGCUGUUAAUGAUGUUUCUCAGGAUGUCGUAGAUGCAACAGCUGAAUUUUUAAAACUACUAAUCCCUCCCACGAUGGUGAACAAGAUGACCUCUUGUCGUCCCAGUACACUUACAAAGGGCGUUUACUGUAAACCACAUCCUUGGCACAGACAGACGCAGACAGAACCUAAAGGUAUCAACUGCAGCCUCUUUACAUCGGAACCACCACCUAUUCUCCCUGUGCCUAUUCCAGUAUAUGUGCCAUCACCCAUGAUGAUGUAUAAUGCACCUUUCCCAGUCCCAAUAUUUGUUCCUGUCCCACUACCAGUGCCCAUCUUCAUUCCUACUACAGCUAAAACUUCAGAUGACAUUAAAGCAAUGAUGAAGAAAAUCCAGGAUGAAAUGCCGUCCGAUCCAUAUGAAGCAGAGAUGUUACUUCUGGCCCGUGCAUCCAGCGAGAGUGUAGAGCCUGAAGCCAAGAGUGAGGAAAUGAAGGACUCGACUGUAGCAAAUGUGGGUGAGAAUGUCGAGGAAUGUAGUGGAGAGUUAUCCUCCUUUGACAACUUCACCAUGUAUUCUGGCGGGGAUGACUUAGAACAGGAUGAUAUGAGUUGUGCUGAUGUAUCUUGUCUUAACACAAUAGAAGAUGAUUUACCUAGAUACCCACUCAGAUUGUUUGCAGAUGAUGUCGAGGCUUCUUCUAACUGCAGCUCAGUACAAAAUGAUGUUGAAUCUCAGAGUGAAAACAAAGGCAAACGGCAAUCUUCUGGCGGUAGUCUAGAAAGACCCAGGAAGAGACUUCGUCGUCGCGAAAGCAGUGACUCUCAAUCAAUGUCUGAUCCUGACGAUCCUGAGCCAGAACCCGAACCUGAACCUGAACCAGAACCUGAACCUGAACCUGAGGUUGAGCCUGAACCUCUCUUGGAGGAGGAGUAUCAGGGCCCAUAUCUUAAUAAAAUGUAUGGUCUGGCGGCCUGGAAGAGCUGGGUAACAGAAAAGAAUGCAGAGCUGGCAGGGGUCUCCUCCUCUCGCACUAUGAAACUGCUCUCAGAGGACUUGCUUUCUAUGAACUGUGACGAACUCAACUAUGCCCUCUGUCUCUUCCUCAAAGAUGUGAGGAAACCCAGUGGGGAAGCCUACCAGCCAGAUACCAUCUUUUAUCUACUACUUGGAAUUCAACAGCAUUUAUUUGAUAGUGCAAGAACAGAUUGCAUCUUUAUGGACUUUGGUUUUGAAAAGUUUACUAACAGUCUUGAUGAAAUCACCAAAACAUUUUUAAACACUGCACCAUCUCCAGGACUUUUGUCACCAAGUUCUGUCGGAGUGACAAGAAUAACCGAAACUAUGUUAUGGGAGUGCAGACAACUUGGUGCACACACUCCACAGGUUCUACUCAACACACUCUUUUACUUCAACACUAAAGUGUUUCAUCUUAAGACUAUUGAGGAUCAUCAGGCCCUGUCUUUUUCGCAAAUUGUUAAACAGUGGAGACGGUCAAAUGUUGGGCAGGAAGGUUCAGUCACAAGGACAGCUUGGCUGAAAUAUUACCCCAAGAGAACUCUGGAAGAUGAGAAAACCAAGAAAAAUUAUGAAAUGCAUGAGAACAGAGAUGACCCACUGAGAUGUCCUGUCAAGUUAUACGAGUUUUACAUUUCUAAAUGCCCUGAGAGUGUUCGCAGCAAGCUGGACAUGUACUACGUUUAUCCUGAGAGAUCAUGUAUCCCUGACUCGCCAACCUGGUUUUCAACUCAAGCUGUACAUGCAGCUACCAUUUCCAAAAUGUUGCACCGAUGUCUUAUGGUGAGGGAAGUACAAGAAGCGUUAAUGGACUAAUGGCAUUUCUGUUUACUCUAUUGGCAGUGUGCUGCAAAAAUGCAAUUGACCUUUUAAUAAAUUUGUUUGAUAUACAAGAAAAACUGUAAGAAUCUCUGAUAAUGUACAUAAGCAUUAGAGUUCAUCCUUAAGGAAAAAGAUUCUCUAAAGGUAGCAUGGCAUUAAAGAUAUAGACAUGUCAGUUGUUAUUGCGAAAGAUUUUGGAAAAUCCUGAAGAAAUGAGAUCCAAGGCAUAAGAAUUUCAUAAAGCUCAGAUUAGUUUCAUUAUUGAUUUCUUUUGCAGCUGGUGGCAUAUAAAAACAUAUAUUACUACUGUUCUUCUUAUUC